CGCAAUCACAUGGGCCAGCAUAUCCUGCGCGCCAUCAGUAACACUCCCGAGGAGGUCGUUUUGAAAGAACCGGUCGGCGACACACUUCCAUGUGGCUUUUGUGGAUGUUCCGGUCGACCAGAGUGCGCUAUCACUGUCACCGUGCCUGCCAAAGCCGCAACAACAUGGGACACGAAGUGCAUGUACCAGCACCAAUUCCGAUACGCAUCCGCCGAGACCGGUUCGAAGAAUACCCCAUGCCGCAACUUGCCACUUAAAUGUGAGCUUUGCCAUCCCAUUCUUCCUCCGGCACCCGGCAAGGCAACGAGAAAGACGGCAGUCAUCCCAGUGGGCACCGUUUGGCGCUACAAUAUGCACGAGCAUAUCUUCCGGGAGCAUGAGGAGUAUAUGAUACCGGGACAGAGAGAUGUUGGUUUACUGCUGCCCGCAAGUGUUUGGAAGGAGAUGAGGCUCACGGACCUGGAGCAGACUGCUUCGCGCAUCCCAAAG